UCAAUCCGAAUAAGAAACGGUUCAUAUACUUCCAUGAUCCAGGUUAGACUCAGGUCUGGUUCAGGCGUGAUCCAGGUCCAAACACAUCAGGACAGCGCCGGUGAUUGUCCGGACUGAGCCUGGUCAGAGCGCACGGACACGACGCGGAGACAUGGGGUCCGGGGAAAAGUUACAACAAGACUACAAGAGGCACCCUACUCCCACGUGAAAACACUACAGUGAGGAGCAGCAAUGCCUCAGUCCAGGAUGCAGUUGGUGGUGACGGGUGAUGACUUUGGGUACUGCCCACGGAGGAACCAGGGGCUGGUGGAGUGCUUUCUUUCCGGAGCCAUCACCACAGUGUCCCUGCUAGUCAACGGCUCUGCUGCUCAACAGGCUGCUGAGUUGGCCAAGAGACAUAGUAUCCCCAUCGGGCUCCACGCUAACCUGUCGGAGGGCGUGCCCGUGUGCCCCAGCCUGCUGCAGUCCUCUCUGGUGGACCACCGCGGGUUCUUCCACGGAAAGAUGGGCUUCCGACGCCGCCUGGAAAGAGGGCAACUGUGCCUCACACAGGUGGAGAUGGAGCUGCGUGCUCAGGUGAAGCGCUUCAUAGAACUGACCGGCCAUCGCCCACAGCACAUGGACGGACACCAACAUGUACACGUGCUGCCAGGGGUGCGGCUGGUCUUUGCUCAGGUCCUGUCUGACUUGAGCAUCCCGUUCACCAGAGUACCAGUGGAACCCGGUCUCCACAGCUGCCCAUGGCUCCAGGCUCCUCUGAGGACCUUCUACAGCCAGGUGGAGCAGGACGCCCUGGAUUCCAUUCCUGUGUUCAGAAAAUACUCCCUCAGGUGGCCUGAUGUGUACCUUGGACUGACCACAAUGGGCCAAAACAUGUCUGUGUCCAGCCUCCAGAGGGCGCUGUCCCACGCCCUGUCCACAGAGUCGUCUGACAGCACACCCAGGGAGCGCCCGCUGAGCGCCGAGCUGAUGGUGCACCCCGGGUAUCCCAGCCUACCCGAGGAGGGGGGCUGUGGGGAGGGGCCCGAUGACUUCUCCCAGUCCUCUGAGCGACAACACGAGCUCCAGGUGCUCACAGACCCUGCUCUGAGUGCUGUGUACCAGAGCCAGCGGGUCCAGCUCUGUACCUUCAAAGAGCUGCACACAAGCACAUGACACAUACACACAACUCGGGGAUGAAGAUAAGAUGAAACUCUCACUGUACUUCAAGGAGCGACUCAAGUUUUCAAGGAGAGGUAGAAGAAGUCAGCAACCACACCUAUGAGAGGCUUCAAACACUCCUGGUGAUGGUGCAAUGAUGUUGUAUUCAUCGAGGAGCCAAAAGAUUGUUUGUUCGAAAUCCACCUGGGCACUUUGCAGAGUUCUGUUUCAUCCCUGCUGACCACUCUGACAAUUCUCCAGGAUUCAUAGAACCGUAGUUACAUUUGUAACUUUUGUAAUGUGGCUGGUUUGGACGGGAAUGGCAUCCAGUGUAAAAAUCAAACCAAACAUCCAACCUUGUGACUGGCUGUAUUUGUCAAGCUCUGCUAAAAAAGGUUUGUUAAAAGUACUGGUAUUGAUAAAGUAAAAGUGCUUUUUCCUUGUA